AUGAGCAACAACAGUUCUUUUCCUGAUCGCCAGCGCGCAGCGCCCUAUCUCCCCUCGGUUUCUUCUAUCGCGCCAAAUGCUCAGGUGUUCACUGAGUCUGCUGGCUUCGAUUCCUUCGAUCCGGAUCAGAAUGGCGAAUUCUUCCCGGACCAAGAGCCUUACAUGUACGAGGACGAAAACAGAAAAUGGCGCUAUGACCUACCAGAUUCUCAUCAGUCUCGUAACAGUUCUUAUCCUCAGGAACUGGCACCCAGAUGGCCAUCGUCUGGAGAGCCCCAGCACUUCGGGGAUCUUCUUCCACCGCGUUUUGACACUAAUUUCGCCCCCGAAACUCCAAAGAGCUUUGAGGACGACUAUAUGUACUCUUCGGUCGAGCCCGAUCUGCCUUAUGACAAUGGGUAUCUUAUACCGCCGCCAAACCAGUCAGAAAACAGUCAAGUUUUCGACGGCAGAGAAGACGCGGAAGCAUCAAGAGUUGUGGACGCUGCCAGCGAUUCGCUCUUUAACAAAGAAAAGCAAGCCAAGGCUGUGCUAAAAGAGCAGCGAAACCAAACCGGCGCGGCCAAGCAGAUGGGCAAAUCGGUCACCAUUUCGCAGACGGAUACCGGACUCCAUAUUGGCGGCGUGUACUGGACUGCGCCCGCUGAUGACAACACUAUCCCUUCAUCUCCAGCCGAGAUUAAUACGUGCAUCGAUACACUCACAAAGGCGAUACAAAAUAGGGAAAAUUGUAGAGAAAAGACUACAACAGGCCAGCAUCGGAACCGUUGGCUAGCGGGAUCCACCUAUUAUACUGAGGACCAGUUCAAGGCAGCGGCUCGCGAUCUCGUACUUGCCAUGGUCGAAAUCCACACGAACGGGUGGACCAAGACCAUUUACGACAAGGGUGAGCGUGAGAACUGUCAAGUAACGAUGUUUUACACUUUCGAAGAUCGUUUCGAAGCUCUUCGGGAGCUUCUUCACUGCUCCAAGACGACAUGCCAGGACAUCCUAAAAGGUACACGAUUCUAUACUAUCAUCGGAAAUCCUCGUACCCUUACCUCCCGCACGGCGACCAACAAAACUGCCAACGCGCACAAGGCCGGUCUGAUUGCAAAAGGCAAAGUAACUACCGAUAGCGAGGAGCACCAGGCCAAAACGUCGUACUCUGGCCUUGAAGAACGUUCUGACAUGGAACAUCUUCCAGAACCCAUGAAAUCUCUUCAACCGGGAGAACCCUCCAAGGGCAAGAAGCGGACUCGUGAACAUAUCCUCCAGGCAGAGGGUGAAGCGAGUGUUAAUGUUACCCCUCCAAAGGUAGCUGUUAAGAAGCGGCGCAAGGCGUGA